AUGGCAAAGAUCAACGUGUUGAUCGCCAACUUUGUCACAUUCCCCAACGGCGUCUUCUCCGGUACAAUCAUCGCUUCCGUCGUCAAGGACAGCUCCAUCCUCAAGACCGCCGAAUGGCAGCUCCUGCUCGGCGCCAUCCAGCUACCCGGUGUCUUUGUUGGUGCUUGGCUCUGCGACCGCCUGGGCAGGAAACAGACCAUGAUGCUCGGGUUUUCCGGUUAUCUGAUCUUUGGCUUGAUUAUCGGUUGUGCGUACGACAAAAUCACGGGCAUUGUGCCGCUGUUUGUGGUGUUUUUUGGACUGAUGCAAAGCUCCGGAAUUAUGGGGCCGGGAGAUAUGCUCGGACUGCUGUCGUCGGAGUCUUAUGCUACUGCUGUUCGAGGGCAAUGUUAUGGAAUCUCUGCCGCUCUCGGCAAAACCGGCGCCGCCGUGGGAACACAAGCGUUCACACCGAUCCAAAACAACCUCGGCAAAAAAUGGACUUUUAUUAUCGCUGCUAUCUGCGGUGUUGCAGGCAUCCUGGUGACGUAUUUCCUCGUGCCCAACGCGACAGGUGAAGACCUCAAGUUCAACGACGAGCGGUUUCGCGCGUAUCUCGUGGCGAACGGCUGGGAUGGGGAGAUGGGCGAGGGCGAUCUCAAGGCGAUUGCGGCCGAGGGGGUGGUGGUGCCGGAAGUAGUUGCUGAGGUGGAGGAUGUGAAGGGUUGA